GCGACAGAAGAUUUGAAUCGUUCGAACAGACACAUCGCAACGUCCGCAGCUACAGUCGAGAUGCAGCGGGACAAAACAAGCAACCCCGGUGGGGCUGAAAAGCCCGACCGGGAGGCCGCGAUCAUGUCCAAGUACUACGAUGGAGUUGAAUUUCCCUUCUGUGACGAGUUUUCUAAAUAUGAGAAGAUGGCCAAGAUCGGGCAAGGAACCUUCGGAGAGGUAUUCAAAGCAAAGCACAGACAGACCGGAAAAAAAGUUGCGCUGAAAAAGGUUUUGAUGGAAAAUGAGAAAGAAGGGUUCCCCAUUACAGCUCUAAGAGAAAUCAAAAUUCUACAACUGCUGAAACAUGAAAAUGUUGUCAACCUGAUUGAGAUCUGCAGAACUAAAGCCACACAGUUUAACAGAUACAAAGGCAGCAUCUAUCUGGUGUUUGACUUCUGCGAACACGACUUGGCUGGACUGCUGAGUAAUGCUCAUGUGAAGUUCACUCUCUCAGAGAUCAAGAAAGUGAUGCAGAUGCUGCUCAAUGGACUGUACUACAUCCACAGAAACAAGAUUCUUCACAGGGACAUGAAGGCUGCAAAUGUGCUCAUCACCAGAGAUGGUGUUCUGAAGCUGGCUGACUUUGGUUUGGCGAGAGCGUUCAGUCUGGCCAAAAACAGCCAGGGCAAUCGCUACACCAACCGCGUGGUAACAUUGUGGUACAGGCCGCCUGAGCUCCUGCUGGGUGAGAGAGAUUAUGGUCCUCCCAUCGACCUGUGGGGAGCGGGCUGCAUCAUGGCGGAGAUGUGGACCAGAAGUCCCAUCAUGCAGGGGAACACUGAGCAGCACCAGCUCACUCUGAUCAGCCAGCUGUGCGGCUCCAUCACCGCUGAGGUUUGGCCCGGUGUGGAUAAGAAGUACGAGCUGUACCAGAAGAUGGAGCUGCCCAAAGGACAGAAGAGAAAGGUGAAGGACAGGCUUAAGGCUUAUGUCAAGGAUGCUUAUGCUCUGGACCUGAUCGACAAACUUCUGGUCUUGGACCCGGCUCAACGCACAGACAGUGAUGACGCCCUCAACCAUGACUUUUUCUGGUCCGACCCCAUGCCCUCUGACCUCAAGAACAUGCUCUCCACCCACAAUACCUCCAUGUUUGAAUAUUUGGCUCCGCCCCGGCGGCGAGGACAGAUGCCUCAACAGCAGCCCAACCAGAACAGAAACCCGGCCACCACCAGCCAGACAGAGUUUGAUCGAGUCUUUUAGCAGUGUUUAGCAGUUUUUUCUUUUUCAGAUGGGAUUUCUUUUCUUUUUUUUUUUUUAUUUGCAAAGUGACCUUCUUGCCAGUUGGACCAUUGUGACGAGAUGCUGCACGUUCCCUUUGUGUCCUUGCAGAGUUGAACUGAUUUUAUCAUUGAGCCUCUCACAGAGUUCAGAAAGAACCUCUGCCUGUGAAUGUACUGUAUACCUCAGCCAUCAAGGUUGGGUCUUGUUCUCUGGAGGUUCUCCUGAGUCUUAUCCACAUUAUUUUGUAACCACUUUGGGAACACUGUCAUAAACAAGUUUUGUGACUUAAAGCAAAACAUCGGAAAACAUGAGGCUCAGAAUAAAUCAAUCUUGAUCCUCAGCUGUUGAUGCAACAUGUGAUCGCCGUCUUUUUUUGUAGUCAUGUGAAAACACAUCUUCAUCCUCUUGAAUUGGAGGCUGCACGGAUGAUUUGAGAAAGCUUCACAUAAUCUUCAUCAUAUAAACAAAUGCAGUAUUCAGAUGAUCAUUAUUUAUUAAAACAUAACAGCUACAUGACAUUCAAUAGUCCGAAUCCUGUAGUUGAUAGACAUCUUCCAGAAGGGGUCAGUAAUGUGCCGUGUUUUAGCGCGAGGACGCAUUUAAUCGAUUGGAAACAUAUUUUAUUUCCUCUUAGGAUGAAUAAAAAAAAAUCCGUUUUAUUUUAUGAUUAUUAAGAAUGCUAAGUAGUUGGGGCGGGUCAGUAUAUGUUUGGACCUUUAUUUUAUUGCGCACGGCUGUCGUCAUUUGUAUCUGACCAUAUCAACCAGUUGUGCUCAUUUCUAAUCCUAUCAGUGUAAAUCUGAGUGGCGAGUCAGAUAAGAAUAAUAGUUUUCUUUUCUCUAAAACGGUUUUUAUGAAAGAUUUAUGAAAAACAAUACGGGACUAUAGUAUCCAGGGUAAUCACUAAAACAACCAUCUUAACUGUCUCAUUAAGUUAAGGCGGAUAUAUCUUUAUCUGAGACUUGAAGGUUGUUAACACAUUUAUUUGCAUUAUUAUUUAUCCUCUUUUUUUCCCCCAGCCACCAAUGCACACAGCAUCAAAUGUUUGUGUAUUUAUUUUUUAACUCCAGUAAAUUGGACAAAUAAUUUUGGAUUGUGGGACAGUGUGGACUCAAAAGCCAUGCUCCCCAGCCCUAUUAUUAUUAUCAUCAUUAUCACAAUAUUUUUUUUUGUUUUUGAAACCUCAUACAUAUUUGUAUGUUUUUGAUCAUACUUAUAAAACAAAACAGUUUAUAUGCUCAGACAUUAUUUCUUUAGUACAUUUUAAUCUCUGUGAAUGUUUGAACACUGUUUUCACAUAGUCUUUUUUUCUUCACGGCUGAUCUAAACUAGUUCAGAACUUGUUCAUAAAAUAAGUGAUUUAAUUUACUAUGAAUUGAGGCGGCAGGCAAAUUGAAACAUGUUCUUUAUCUGACAUUGUUUUCUUUGGUGAACAGCUCUUAACGCUGUGGUGCCAACUGUUGUGGAUCAUAAAAGUAUUUUCCAUGAAUCACCUCAGGUUGCUCUCAGAGUCUGCGUGUGUGUGUUUGCUGUCAGACAAGAGCUUUACUCAGAUGAUGGAUUGCUCUUUUAGUUCCAGUGCUCCUCCGCUGUCACGUCCACUGAGGAAGAGUGUGUGUGGCAGGAGCUGCUGAGUGUUGACAACGAUGACAACAACAACUAACAUAAAUUAGAGAGUGCUCCAGUGGACAGAUGGGACAGCGGUCGCCUGAAUGCAAAUGGAUUUGCCGCUCUUCUUCAUGGCAAACUGCUUCAUCUGUGUGGAUGUGACAUCAGAUUCAUAGCUGAGCCAUAUUUGUGCCACAGUUGGACAUCAAAUGUUAUUCCAAAUGGCUGCUGGCGCCUUCUUUUAAGUGCUGGCAUGGGGCAAAUGCCAGUCAAAUGUGCAGCAACACCCCCAAAAUGGUACAAUUCUGUCUGCUUUUGCUGACUGGGGAGUGGUUUAAACAUCUCUUGGUCCCCAACACUCAAAGGCUAGGAUCAU